AAGCGGAUCAGUGGGCAGUCCCGCGCGCCUCUCAGUGCCUCUGCGCGUGGUGGAGCUCAGACUGAUCGCGUGCAGCGCUGAGGGUGCGCGCUGAGGCUCCGCUGCCGCUCCAGACAGCGGCAAGAUGAAGCGGCCAUGCGAGGAGAGCACGAGCGACAGCGAGAUGGAGGAGAACAUCGACGUGGGCAGCGAGAGCUUCCACUCAGGCCAGAGCAAUGGGCCGUUUGUAAGAUGUGGCUCCCCCACGACCACCUCCCAGCUCAUGGCCAGGAAGAAACGCAGAGGGAUCAUCGAGAAGAGACGGAGGGACAGAAUCAACAACAGCCUAUCAGAGCUGAGGCGCCUCGUGCCGACAGCCUUUGAGAAGCAGGGAUCUGCUAAACUCGAGAAAGCUGAAAUCCUGCAGAUGACAGUGGAUCACCUAAAGAUGCUUCAGGCCACAGGAGGGAAAGGCUAUUUUGAUGUCCACUCUCUGGCCAUGGACUUCAUAAGCAUCGGUUUUCGCGAGUGCCUGACUGAAGUGGCACGGUAUUUGAGCUCUGUGGAGGGUCUGGACUCUGCUGACCCGCUCAGAGUCCGUCUCGUCUCUCACCUCAGCAGCUGCGCCUCUCACAGGGAGUCUAUCGCUCUGUCCCAGCACCAGCACCCCUCACAGGCCCUGCCGCCGCACCCCUGGGCCUGGAGCUUCCUGCAGCACAGCGGCCUGCCAUCGUCUACAUCCUCCUCUUCUACAUCAUCCUCCUCCUCUUCCUCGGACGUCCCGCAGCGCCUUUCCUUCACGCACGCCGACUCCACAGGGCUCAGAGCGCCCCCCGCAGGCUGCAUCCCGCCACUGUCCACCUCUCUCCUCUCACUUUCGGCCACACUUUCAGCUGCGGCGACCCACACCUUUCCCCUGUCCUUCCCUGCAGGAUUCCCCCUCUUCUCCCCCGCUGUCCCCGUCUCCUCCAUGGCUUCCUCGGCCCUCAGCCCCUCAAUAUCCGCCUCGUCCACAUCCCAGCAGAGCAGCUCCACCUCCAGCUCCAGCAGUGCCAGCACUAAACCCUACCGGCCGUGGGGCACCGAAGUGGGAGCCUUCUGAAGCAUUGGACUUCUUUAAAAGUUCAAAAGGCUGGACUCUUUUUACUCUUUGUAGACAGGGAGGAGACUGAUAACUGUAUUUUUGCUACCUUUUGCUACUUUCCGAGUGCCACAAAUUGGCCUAUUUCAAAGCGUUCGGUGUGGCUGGACAUUUUUCAUACUUUGCAAACACAGGAGGGACUGUUUUAAAGGAAUACUUCAGCAUCCUUCAACGCAACACAUCUGCCACAUUUGUUUCGUACUGUUGAUUAUCAGGAUAGUAUUUUCAACGCAUUGCCCUCUUCUUAGAAAAAAUUAGAAAUACGUUAACUUGAAGCACACUUGUAAUAAAAGCCACUGGGCAGUUGAUGAAGUCUGCAAACAAACGUUUAAAAUUUUUGACGACAAAAAUAUAAAAUGAGAAUUCAAAACUGUUUCACACUCUAGAAAUAUAGGUCUCAGGAUGAAACUGACACAGGACAUCUUACCAGAGCUGCUCAAGCUUUUUCCAGCUUUUCUUUACCCAAACAACACAGCAAAAAAGUAUUUCCAGUCACUUUCGCAUUUUCAUAAAGUUUCCCUAACGUUCCACAAAUGCUUCCCUCUGGAAAAACCAGCUGCAUCUCUGGGAUAAUGAAUUAUGCAGAUUUUACAACCUAAUUUACAAAUACUACAGUUGUGAGCAUUCAUGAAAUUGUUCUACGACUCUGCAAAAAUGUUUACUGACAGCAUCUGCCCAUUAACUUCUAUUACAAGUGAAAGCAGAGUCAACAAGUUUUUGGUUUUUUUUUGUUUUUUUUUCAAAUACAGAGACACACACAGUGAAAUUAUUACCUGUGAUAACUAAAAUAGAUGUAGCAGGUCAAGAUUAGGUUAGAAAAUCCUGAAGUAUUCCUUUAAUUAACUAUCAUGGCUGGUGUUCGACCACUGUUAUGGUCGCUUCUACUUUCAAAGUGCCACAAUCAGUUUUCCAAGUGCCUGCGUGUAUAUGACAUCAAAGGGAAUGUGUUGGGAGGAAAAAACAGCAUGGAUCACAUUCAUACUCAUUGCACCCCAGUGGACAUUAGGAAGGAAUUGGUAUUUUCAAUGAAGUGACCCCAUAACUGUCAAACUAUUGACUUUCUGUUGUCUGUUUUGUCUGUUGCUCUUUGAGAAAUACCUAGGUUCUCCUGUUUUGAGUUGACUUUGCUUUGCAUCAGAGGACCACACUGUUUGGCAGUGUCCACAGGAUUGUGUGACUGAUGUAGCAUGUAUGAGAUUUGUGUGCUUAAAGGG